AUGUGCGCCGUGGACCGGGGACGCCACGGAGAUGGACUGAUGAUUGAGGAGAGCGCUGAGGCCGUCACCGCCGCGGCGCCGAUGCAGAGUGACAGUUUACGCUUCACGAGGAUCUUUGGAAGGACAGAAGGAAAUGGAAUCAUGCCCCUGGUCAGGGAGGUCCCCCAGAGCUACAGGGAGGUCCCUCAGAGCUACAGGGAGGUCCACAGAGCUACAGGAAGGUCCCUCAGAGCUACAGGGAGGUCCCUCAGAGCUACAGAGAGGUCCCUCGGAGCUACAGGGAGGUCCCCCAGAGCUACAGGGAGGUCCACAGAGCUACAGGGAGGUCCACAGAGCUACAGGGAGGUCCACAGAGCUACAGGGAGGUCACAGAGCUACAGGGAGGUCACAGAGCUACAGAAAGGUCCACAGAGCUACAGGAAGGUCCCCCAGAGCUACAGGGAGGUCCACAGAGCUACAGGGAGGUCCACAGAGCUACAGGGAGGUCCACAGAGCUACAGGGAGGUCCCUCAGAGCUACAGUGAGGUCCCUCAGAGCUACAGUGUGGUCCACAGAGCUACAGGGAGGUCCACAGAGCUACAGGGAGGUCCCUCAGAGCUACAGGGAGGUCCACAGAGCUACAGGGAGGUCCACAGAGCUACAGGGAGGUCCCUCAGAGCUACAGGGAGGUCCACAGAGCUACAGGAAGGUCCCUCAGAGCUACAGGGAGGUCCCUCAGAGCUACAGAGAGGUCCCUCGGAGCUACAGGGAGGUCCCCCAGAGCUACAGGGAGGUCCACAGAGCUACAGGGAGGUCCCCCAGAGCUACAGGGAGGUCCCCCAGAGCUACAGGGAGGUCCACAGAGCUACAGGGAGGUCACAGAGCUACAGGGAGGUCACAGAGCUACAGAAAGGUCCCCCAGAGCUACAGGAAGGUCCCCCAGAGCUACAGGGAGGUCCACAGAGCUACAGGGAGGUCCACAGAGCUACAGGGAGGUCCCUCAGAGCUACAGAGAGGUCCCCCAGAGCUACAGGGAGGUCCACAGAGCUACAGGGAGGUCCACAGAGCUACAGGGAGGUCCCUCAGAGCUACAGUGAGGUCCCUCAGAGCUACAGGAAGGUCCCACAGAGCUACAGGGAGGUCCACAGAGCUACAGGGAGGUCCACAGAGCUACAGGGAGGUCCACAGAGCUACAGGGAGGUCCACAGAGCUACAGGGAGGUCCCUCAGAGCUACAGGGAGGUCCACAGAGCUACAGGGAGGUCCACAGAGCUACAGGGAGGUCCACAGAGCUACAGGGAGUGAACAAGAAAGAGAGCUGAAAGGAGAGGAUGAAGAGGAGAGGGAGGAAGAGGAGAGGGAGGAAGAGGAGAGGGAGGAAGAGGAGAGGGAGGAAGAGGAGAGGGAGGAAGAGGAGAGGGAGGAAGAGGAGAGGAUGAAGAGGAGAGGGAGGAAGAGGAGAGGGAGGAAGAGGAGAGGAUGA